AUGUCGGCCGACCAGUCGAUCGAGAAGGCCAAGGUGCUGAUGAAGCGGGCGAUCGACCUGGACCGGGACGGCCGGCACGAGGAUGCGGCCGACGUCUACAUGGACGGCGCGCAGGCGCUGCUCACCGCGUCCGGGCUGAUGGCCGAGGGCGACGCGCGGCGGGAGGCGAUACGAGCAAAAGCCCAAGACUGCCUCGACCGCGCCGAGAAGCUAAAACCGCGCCGAAGCCUCAAAGUCAUCGAGGCCAAGCAGCGCCGUAUCGUCGCUGGCUCGACGGGCCAUGGCUACGACCGAAUCUUCGGCGACUACCUCAACGAUCGACUGACCAAGAUCGAGGUGUUCGACGCCUACAUCUCGGCCCACCACCAGAUCAUCAACUUUCUGCGCUUCUGCGAGCUGGUCGUGCUCCGGGCGCCGAGUUGCAAGACGAUAUCGCUCACGACGGGCGCCGCAGAGAAGAGCCAAGGAGCGGAAGGGCUGGCCGGGAUUCGGGAAAGUCUCGCGAAAUAUAAGGUGAAGCUCGAAGUGAACUACUCGGCGACGAUUCACGAUCGGGAGAUCCGUUUUGACAAUGGGUGGAUAGUGAAGAUAGGGCGCGGGCUCGACUAUUUUCAACGGCUCGAUCGCUAUUCCAUCGGAUUCCACGAGCAAAACCUGCGGCCGUGCCAUGAGACGACGAUUGAUGUGUUGCGGCUCGAUCUCAACGGA